CUCUGACCCUGGGAAGUGGCUGCCGGCCGCUCCUGUCGAGCCGGCUGGAGCUGCGUUUGCGGCUUGGUCGGUGUGGCUGCCCGCCCGUGGGCAGUGAGAGGAGACGCCCUUGAGGCCCGGCCGGUCGAACGGCAGACGGCACCACUGUCAGGGGCGCCCGGGGCCUGACGGGGCCUGAGGAGUGGUCGGCAUCCGGCCUCUUCGUGACCGCCGUCACCAUGGGUGUACUGGCGGGGCGUGCCCCCGUUUGGCGGUUCUGUCCAAGGUGGUCAGUGCUGGCCGCACAGUCACGGUCACCGGGGCUCCGGCCGGAGGGGGUGUCAGACAGGGUGACCACAGAGGCCUCUUGGUUCGAGGAAUGCUGCGGGGCUGCGGGGCUGCGGGGCGGUCCGGCCGUCAGCUCACGAAAAAAAAACUCACGGAGAGGACGGAAAAUGAAUCUGUACGGUCCACGGCUGGCUCACGGCCAGGCGCUGCUGUUCCUCAGCACCUUUUAAGCAACGGGGAAAAUCUCCGUAAAUGCUGCUGGCUGACUCAGAGCCGUGGAAGAACCGGCGAUCUGUAUACAUGUGUCCGAUUAUUUCACGACGAACGGUUGAGGGGUUGCAGAGUCCUCUAAGGACUCGCUCAAAGUCUCAAAUGGUUUCUUUUUCUUGUGAGGGGAGUAGUCUGUUUGGUACUGGUGUCUUUUAGUUCAUACCUUGUAGAUUUCUCAGAUUUAGUUAUGGUUAGGAAAAAUUACCUUGGAGGUUGAAAAAUAGAACGAUUUCUGCGGUACCAGGAGGUCCAUGUACUUCAUCUAAAAUGCUCCUUUGAAAUAUUUCAGGGUUUUGAAGACAUGCCUUCUUAGACUUGCUCCAGAAAAUUUGUAGGAAACCUUUGUUUCUGGUUCAUACUAAAUAAUUGUGCAUAAUUCCAGCGUCUCACAAGGAUCCAAGGACCCUGUAGCUACAAUGUUGUCAAGACUUUUCCGAAUGCAUGGCCUCUUUGUGGCUUCCCAUCCUUGGGAAGUCAUAGUGGGAACGGUGACACUAACCAUCUGUAUGAUGUCCAUGAACAUGUUUACUGGCAAUGAUAAGAUCUGUGGUUGGAAUUAUGAGUGUCCAAAGUUUGAAGAGGAUGUUUUGAGCAGUGACAUUAUAAUUCUGACAAUAACACGAUGCAUAGCAAUCCUCUAUAUUUACUUCCAGUUCCAGAAUUUACGUCAACUUGGAUCGAAAUAUAUUUUGGGUAUUGCUGGCCUCUUCACAAUUUUCUCAAGUUUCGUAUUUAGUACAGUUGUCAUUCAUUUCUUAGAUAAAGAAUUGACAGGCUUGAAUGAAGCUUUGCCCUUUUUCCUACUUUUGAUCGACCUUUCCAGAGCAAGUACAUUAGCUAAGUUCGCUCUCAGUUCUAAUUCGCAGGAUGAAGUAAGGGAAAAUAUUGCUCGUGGAAUGGCAAUUUUAGGUCCCACGUUCACCCUUGAUGCUCUUGUUGAAUGUCUUGUGAUUGGAGUGGGUACCAUGUCAGGGGUGCGUCAACUUGAAAUUAUGUGCUGUUUUGGCUGCAUGUCAGUUCUUGCCAACUACUUCGUGUUCAUGACUUUCUUUCCAGCUUGUGUGUCCUUGGUGUUAGAGCUUUCUCGGGAAAGCCGUGAGGGUCGCCCAAUUUGGCAGCUCAGCCAUUUUGCCCGAGUAUUAGAAGAGGAAGAAAAUAAACCAAAUCCUGUAACUCAGAGGGUCAAGAUGAUUAUGUCUCUAGGCUUGGUUCUUGUUCAUGCUCACAGUCGCUGGAUAGCUGAUCCUUCUCCUCAAAACACUACAGCAGAAAAUUCUAAGGUUUCAUUAGAAUUAGAUGAAAAUGUGUCCAAGAGAAUUGAACCAAAUGUUUCCCUCUGGCAAUUUUAUCUCUCUAAAAUGGUCAGCAUGGAUAUUGAACAAGUUAUUACUCUAAGUUUAGCUCUCCUUCUGGCUGUCAAGUACAUCUUCUUUGAACAAGCUGAGACUGAGUCUACACUCUCAUUAAAAAAUCCUAUCACAUCUCCUGUAGUGACCCAAAAGAAGGUCCCAGACAAUUGUUGUAGACGUGAACCUCUACUGGUCAGAAAUAACCAGAAAGUGCAUGUGGUGGAGGAGGAGAUGGGGAUAAACCGAGAAAGAAAAGUUGAAGUUAUAAAACCCUUAGUGACGGAAACUGACACCUCAAACAGAGCAACAUUUGUGGUUGGUAACGCUUCCUUAUUCGGUACUUCACCAGCACUGGAGACACAGGAACCUGAAAUUAAACUUCCCAGGGAGCCUCGACCUAAUGAAGAAUGUCUGCAGAUACUUGGGAGUGCAGAGAAAGGUGCGAAAUUCCUUAGUGAUGCUGAGGUCAUCAGACUAGUUAAUGCUAAGCAUAUCCCAGCUUACAAAUUGGAAACUCUGAUGGAAACCCAUGAACGAGGUGUAUCUAUUCGCCGACAGAUACUUUCUGAAAAGCUUCCAGAGCCUUCUUCUCUCCAGUAUCUACCUUAUAGGGACUAUAAUUACUCCUUGGUGAUGGGAGCUUGUUGUGAAAAUGUUAUUGGAUAUAUGCCCAUCCCUGUUGGAGUGGCAGGACCUCUGUGUUUGGAUGGCAAAGAAUUUCAGGUUCCAAUGGCAACAACAGAAGGUUGUCUUGUAGCCAGCACUAACAGAGGCUGCAGAGCAAUAGGUCUUGGUGGAGGUGCCAGCAGCCGAGUCCUUGCCGAUGGGAUGACUCGUGGCCCAGUUGUGCGUCUUCCUCGUGCUUGUGACUCUGCAGAAGUGAAAGCCUGGCUUGACACAGCUGAAGGGUUCACAGUGAUGAAGGAGGCGUUUGACAGCACCAGCAGAUUUGCACGUCUACAGAAAAUUCAUGCAAGUUUGGCUGGACGCAACCUUUAUAUUCGUUUCCAGUCCAGGACAGGUGAUGCCAUGGGGAUGAAUAUGAUUUCAAAGGGUACAGAGAAAGCUCUUUCAAAACUUCGUGAGCUUUUCCCUGACAUGCAGAUUCUAGCAGUUAGUGGCAACUAUUGUACUGACAAGAAACCUGCUGCUAUAAAUUGGAUAGAAGGAAGAGGAAAGUCUGUUGUUUGUGAAGCUGUCAUUCCAGCCAAGGUGGUCAGAGAAGUAUUAAAGACUACUACAGAAGCUAUGAUUGAGGUAAACAUUAAUAAGAAUCUGGUGGGCUCUGCCAUGGCCGGGAGCAUCGGAGGCUACAAUGCCCACGCGGCAAAUAUCGUAACUGCUAUCUACAUCGCGUGUGGACAGGACGCGGCACAGAAUGUUGGUAGCUCAAACUGUAUUACCUUAAUGGAAGCGAGCGGUCCCACAAGUGAAGAUUUGUAUAUCAGUUGUACCAUGCCAUCUAUAGAAAUAGGAACUGUGGGUGGUGGGACCAACCUACUACCUCAGCAAGCCUGUUUGCAGAUGUUAGGUGUUCAGGGAGCCUGCAGAGACAAUCCUGGGGAAAAUGCCCGGCAGCUUGCCAGAAUCGUGUGUGCCACGGUAAUGGCUGGGGAGUUGUCACUGAUGGCAGCAUUGGCAGCAGGACAUCUUGUCCAAAGUCACAUGAUUCACAACAGGUCAAAGGUUAAUUUACAAGACCUUCAAGGAACUUGCACAAAGAAAACAGCUUGAAUAGCCCGACAGUCAUGAACUGAAACACGGGCAGUGGGUUCUAAAGGACUAACAUAAAAUCUGUGAAUUAAAAAGUUCAAUGCGAUAUCUUGUUGAGGAUGAAUAGAUGUGAUCAGUGAGACAACUGGUUUUGGGCUCUUGCAGAGAGGUCUGAGGUCCGCCUUUCUAUGGACAGUCCUCAGAUCCGAAAACAGCUUCAGGCUUUACAUGCUGUGUUCUUUGGAAAGAUCUCAACAUGGAUAUUAUUAUGCUUUAAAGCAUCACGGAUGGUAAUCUACAGCUCACUUCUGAAAGAGAAUACAACUGGAAAAAAGUGUCUUGAUGAAAUUCAUUAAGUUUAUGGUAAUCAGUGUUAGAUUUUUCCCCUGGGUUGAAAAUGGGUUUUUAAAUUAUACUGUAGCUGACUUUAUAGUUAAAUUAUUAAGUCUGGGUUGUAGAACGUUAAGAAAUAAGAACUAAGUUUAUUUUUUGUGAACUAAUACUUCAUUUGGUGCUGGUCUAUCUUGAUUUUUGGGGGUAACUUUUAAACAUUAUUCUUCAGAAGGGGACCUGCUUUCUUCAAGAGAAGAAUUAGUCUUAUUCCCAAACUACAGAAUAAUGUGCUAAGCAAGGCUAAAUAGUACUCUAGCAAGAAAACAAAUAACUGCAUUUAUUGCUACAGGCUAUUUGUUCAGAGAGGUCUCUUGUCCAAAUGUAAAUGUUUGUCUAGAUUGGCUAUAUCACAUCGUUCAGCAUAAAGCUUGAAGAAAUGCAGUUUUGUGCUCUUUACUACAGAUACAAGGGCUCUUAAUGUUCAAAAAGGUGACUGAUUACUGACUAUAAACAUGUCUGUGACCUCUCAGAACUCAAAGCGUGGAAAACACGAGUUUGAAAGGAAAUACCAAUUCUCUAAGCCAAUGGAAAUUUCUUAAAAGACAUUUAGGUGAAAAAUCUAGAUAGCUUUUUGUAAACAAUUGUAUCAAACCUGUAUAUGUUGUAAUAAAGUUUCUUAUGCAAGGAGUUUCUUGAAAGUGUUCAAGAGGUAAAUACAAAUCAACUUAUAUACUGAUAAAAUACUCCAGUUUGAGUUGGAGAAGAUAGUGUUCUUUAAUGUUGUCCAGAAAACCCUGGCUUGCUUGUCAAGCCUAAUGAAAGGGAAAGUCUGCUUAAAGAGCCAGUGAAAAAGCCACGUGAAUGGCCGUGGAUGAGCGUGCAUUGUUCCUGUGGCCAGGAGGUUGGUGACUGAAAUAUUCACACAGGGCUCUUUGAUGGACCCAUAAAAGCUCUCAGCUUCCUCAGGGGGUCAGCAAAGUUGUUGAAUCUUAAUUUUUUUUUUUAAAUGUACAAGUUUUAUAUAAAUAAUAAAGAACUCCUUAUUUUAUAUUACAUCUGAUGUUUUAAAUGUUGGUCUUGGAAAGCUGAUGUCUCAUUAGGCGAUGAACUUUGUAAAACAUUCCAGUAAUGCUUUUGGCAGCAUGGAGAGCCUCCGAGUGAUUGUGUCUGCUGCAUUGUUUUGGAAGAUUCACGUUUUCUGUUGUAUGGAACGUUUAAAUUGCUUCUGUUCUGACUUUUCAGCCAGUGACUUCUUAUUUAUCUGAACUUUUCACGGAAGUGGCAGUGAAAAGUACGUUGAAUGUUCAUUUUGGUGACUGUAACUAAUAUCUUGCUAAAUUAAUGUUUUGUAUAAUUACUGAAUUGUAUACAUUUUGUUAUAGAGCACAUUUUUCCAGUUCUAGUAAAUUAUGAAAAGGAAAUUAA